GUACUUACCUCAGUGGCCUGUUACAAUGUCUCAGGCACAGUGUGGCCAGGCCCUGCACCCAGCCAGCAGGGGACUGCGGGUGUCACUGUGGGGACCCUGAGUGGGAAAUCCAGCUGUAACAUGCGGGCUGGGCAGACAUGGCCCUGGCACUCCAGUGCCCGUGUGGAUAGCAGGGCAGAGGGGCAGGGCACCCCUCACCAUGAGGCCUCUGCGAAGGGUCAGGAUGGGCGGAGGCAGGGGCCGGAAAUGGACAGUGUUCCAUCCAGAGCCGCAGAAGAGUCUCAAAUGAGAUCGGACGAUCCAGAAGAAACCGCUGAGGAUGACGCCAAUGAAAGCCCAUUACAGGUUCUGCCCAACAAAGGGGCUCUUCGGGUCCCCGAGUUCUUGGACACAGCCAAGGCCAAAGAGAAGACCUUUGUCCCUGGGGUCGAUCACGCUCUCCAGCUCGCCACAGAAAGGUCCCAGAGCCUGCAGCAGAGCAGUGACCUCCCCAAGUUCUCAGCGAAAAACCCCCAGUCUCCGCAGUUCUCUAAGACCACAGCCAAAACUGUGCUCCCCAAGCCGGGGAGCAUUCCCAAGUCCUCUGCAGACCCUGCCCAGCCCAAGCCAGGCAGCACCCCCAAGCUCCUGGCGAAAGCCAUGCAGCUCAAGCUCAGGAACCCCCCCAAGGCCCCCGCCAACAUCACAGAGCCCCUGCAGGGCCACAGUCUGCAGGCCUCCGAGAAGGGCACCCAGCCCAAGAAGUGGGACUCCCCCAAGUCCCUAGACGAAGCCAUCCAUGCCAGAGCGGGGAAGGCCCCCAAGUCCUUCGGACCAGCCACCCAGUCCAGGUUGGGCAUCAUCUCCAAGACCUUAGGACAAGCCUUCCAGCCCAGGGUGGGCAGUGUCCCCAAGUCCUUAGAAGAAGCCACUGAGGCCACAGUGGGAAUGGCCCCCAAGUCAAUAGAGGAGACCUUCCAGCCCGUGUUGGGCAGUGUCCCUGCCUCUGUAGAGGAAGCCCUGCAGCCCGAGCCGGGUGAUGUCCCCGAGCCCUCCGAGGAAGCCCUCCCGCCCAAAGACGACGACCUCCUGGAGCCCGAGGACAAGGCGCCGGAGCCCCUGGAGGAGGACUUGGUGAAAGUGAUCUUGGACAAGGAGGACCUCCAGGAGGUGCUCACGACGGCCGGCGAGCGGCUGGUGGCCGUGGAAUUCUCGGCCACCUGGUGCGGGCCUUGCAGGCAUAUCCGGCCGCUCUUCCACGCCCUGUCCCUGAGGCACAAGGACGUGCUGUUCCUGGAGGUGGACAUUGACGCCUGCGAGGAGCUGGUGAAGGACUUGGAGGUCUUCUCCCUUCCAACCUUCCAGUUUUAUAAGAAGGAGGAGAAGGUGGGCGAGUUCAGCGGGGCCCUGGUAGAGAAACUCGAGGCAGCCAUCGCAGAAUUAAAGUGACCAUAUAUUUCGAGAACACUGUCAACAGCCGGCAGUUUACAGCUUGUGGUUUUGUUGUUGUUGUUGUUUGAUUUACAAACCAAGUGUGACCAAAGUGGAUGUGUGAAUGGCACUGCUCUGACAGCAUUGAAGCCGUGGUGAGCUUCUUGCUGAGGGGAGAGCUGGAGCAGAGAUUCCGUGGGUGGACAUCGAGAGCCCCAGUGCCCCCUCAUUUUCAAUCUCAGUUUUAUUUCUCCAUUUGCCUUUGAAAAUUCUGCUCAUUUUUUUGCAGCAACAUUGGGAACUUAGGUAACUCCUUUGUAGGAGAAUACGACUAAAAGAUGAGUGGAAAGGUCUUUUCUUGU